AUGGCAUCCUCCGCGGCGGCGACCGGCGACGGCGAGAAGCCGCACGCGCACCUAGGCCAGCCCCUCCUCGCGCCGCCGCAUCCCGCUCAGCAGCCCUACUACGCCUAUCCGGCCGCCUCCUACGCGCAUCCCUCCCCGCCGCCGCCGGCCCCGACGCUCGUCUUCGUCCCGGUCCUGGCGCCCUGCUCCCCGGUGCUCGUCCGCCUCCGCCGCCUGCGCCCGCGCCGCGCGCCCUGCCUCCGCCGCCUCUGCACGCGGACGCUCCCGCUCCUCCUAUUCCUCGCGCUCCUCGCGGGCGCCGCCUUCCUCCUCUACCCGUCCGCGCCCGCCGCCCGCGUCGCCGACCUCCGGGUCGACAGCUUCCGCGUGCAGCCGCCGGUCCUCGGCCUCGGCCUCGCGCUGCGGCUCCGCGUCCGCAACCCCGGAUUCGUCCUCCCGCUCCGCUACCGCUCCGUCUCCGCCGCCGUCUCCUACCGCGGGCACCUGCUCGGGUCCGCCAAGGCGUGGCCCGGAUCCGGCGAGCUUGCGGCCAGGCAUGAGGUCUAUGCGGAUGCCCAGGUGUGGGUGGACGCCGGGAGGGUGCUGGAUGAUGUGAUCGAGCUCAUCGGGGACGUGGCCGCGGGGUCAGUGCCGCUGGAGAUCGUCUCUGAGGUUGUCGGCUCGAUCGAGGUGUUCCGUUUCCACAUCCCUGUGAAGGAUAAUGCAGAAGUACUCGGCCAUGUAGUUUUUUCCAUGAAAAGCAUCUCACUUUGUAUGUUUGCGUUAUAUGUUUUUGAUGCAAUUCUCAUGUGUGUCAAACCUCUUAACACUCCUGCUGUUACAGGGGCUCAUAUCAUGCUCAGUAAAUAUCAGCCCAGAGACUCAGAGAAUCAUAAGCCAGGAUUGCUAUUAAGUGCGAAUGCUCUGAGGCUACCUGUCCCUGAAGAUAUUGUAAAACUGCAGAGCCUGCUCGAUGGACCUGAAGUAUCUAUCUGUAUGUAUAAUCUGGAUAUUGUAUUGUGUUACGUGUAG